CACGUGUUUUACACAGUGAAAAAAUUAUAGGAAUUGUAAAUCAAAAUAAAGAUUAGAAACUUUUCUUUUGUGAAUAAAUGCGUGAAGGAAAGUAAAGAGAAGAAACAGAUUAAAAAAUUACAAGACAAAAAAAAAUAAGUUGAAAAAAUCUGUUUAGUGAUUAGCGCGAGUCAAACCAACUCUUGAAUCUUGAAGAAAAAAAUAAUAGACAGGAGGACGGAGAGAAAAUCGAGAGGAAAGAUAGAAAGGAAAAACCUUGCGAUUAAACAGACCUCAGCCUCUCUUCAACGUCAACAUGUCAAUCUGGCCUCUGUCCGUCCUGUUGUUCCUCACAACGAUCCUUGGUGACCUCAUCAGCAUCGGUAGCGCCGAGAAGAUGAGCGGUCUAUAUGUGGACAACGGUUUCGAUCAGACAGUGGUCCAUCGUGUAGUUAGUCAGCGUGAGAAACGUGAAUUGGAGCAUGAGUUUCUGAAUCUGCUGGGGCUCCCGGAUCGUCCACGAAACACUAUCGGCAGGCCUCCCCAGGUCAAGAGAUCGGCGCCCAAGUUUCUGCUGGACAUUUACAAAAAUACUCUCGGCGAGGAAGAGAAUCAUGCGACGCAUCAUCGCAAGGCUGGGGAGUUCGACCUCACUGGCCAGGAUCUAAAGGCGAUUGAUCAGAGCGAUGUUAUCAUGACCUUUGCAGCACACAAUCAUCAUGUCCCCGGGGUGAGGCAUGAACGUGGGAAGAGGCUCUGGUUCGACGUGUCCGAAGUACCACCUCAAGAACACAUAAUUGGCGCUGAACUCAGACUGUAUCGCGAGGCGAACGUCAAGGGUCGCAAGAAUCAUGGCUCUCACACGAUCACGGUGUAUCGAGUAUUGAAAACCGAUAAUGGGACUCGAGAAUUACAAUACGUCGAUGCCAUAAAUAUAACGACCAGCCAGGAGGCUGGUUGGCUGACAUUGAAUGUCACCGCGGCUCUCGAUCAUUGGGUGAACAACCCUGAUGAAAAUCGAGGGAUAUAUCUCUCUGUGCAUCCCGCCGAUCGUUUAGUGCAUGAAGUGAGACCGGAAGAUAUUGGAAUCGUGGAGUUUCGGGGUGAGCCUGAUAAACAACCCUUCUUAGUGGGUUAUUUCAAGAGUUCGGGCAUAAGGGAAUCUAAAGUCCGUCAGAAGCGCGAUGCCAGGAGGAAAAAGAGCGAAUCCACCAGUUGGGAUUAUCGGAGCAAUCCUUACACUGAUCCUGGUGCGACAUUUUACUCACGGACAUGCAGAAUUCAAACACUGUACGUCAGUUUUCGCGAUUUACAGUGGCAGGAUUGGAUUAUCGCACCAGAUGGAUACGAUGCGUACUACUGCAGCGGGGAUUGCAACUUUCCAUUAAACGCUCACAUGAAUGCGACUAACCACGCAAUAGUCCAGACAUUGGUGCACCUAGUGAGUCCGGGCAAAGUGCCCAAGCCCUGCUGCGCGCCCACUAAACUCUCGGCCAUCUCGGUACUGUAUUUCUUGGAUGAAAGCAACGUCAUUCUAAAAAAAUACAAGAAUAUGGUCGUCAAGAGUUGCGGCUGUCAUUAAAUUAUCCUCACGAUAUUUCUCGAUUAUUUUCUUUGUUGGAUCCGGAAUCUCGGCAAGUCUAAAGACUAAUAAAUUUAGAAAAAGACAAAGGAAACAUGUUUUACCUCUCGUAUAUAUUGUUAAUUACGUAUUAAAUUAAAAAUUGACAAAUAUUA